CCUUUUGGAAUGCACCUGCAGCCUCCAGCAAGAACAAGACGGGACUUCGGCCAAGUCACACUCGGCGGGAGUCCCCGUCAGCUGCCCUUCCGUCUCCACUUGGGUGCCCGUUUCCGCAGAAGGGGGCUCGCCGCGGAACGUGAGCCCCCAGUCUGAGCAUCGGGGCGAGCGGCCAGCCCGGCGGGGACCGCUGCGGAAGCGGACCGGGACUGCUCUGCCCCGCCCAGGCGCCCUCCGGGGCCGGCUGCGGAGCCCCGAGGAGGAGGCGCUCGGCCAGCACCCGCAGCCAGGGGCGCUUCCGCGGGGUCGCGGCGUCCCUCCCAGCGCCCCGCGCCGGCCAGGGUCUGGGCGCCAGAGCGCGGCGCGCGCGGCCGCGGCCCCUUUAAGGCGCGGCUCUGCGGUAACCCGAGCCCGCGGCCCCGGCCCCGCCGCGGCCCGACCCGCCGCCGACCUGCGCCGCCGGGAGCACAGGGCUGUCCCGUUGCGUGACGAAAGACCCAGCCCUGUGUCAUCGCCUGCCCAUUCUCAGAUGGAUGUUCUCUCCUAUAAAUUAGUGUCCGUGUCUCCUGGAAGGUUGAAAAGUGGGAGCGCUUGGAGUGAGACACUCAAACCCUGCAGUCUACGGGAAGAUACAGAACACAAGUUUCUGCAGAGAGGAAGAGAAUAAAUUGAUUGUCUGGUUGAUGAAACAUGGAUAACUCACACAUCAUCACUACUUUUGCUGCCAGUUUUCUCACCUUUCAACUUCUUUUCCACCUUGUAAGUUCUUGGUUUUCAGCAAAAGUUUCUACAGGUUUUAGUAAACUCAGCCCUCAAAAGAAGAUUGAAUGGAACUCAAGGAUAGUUUCUACAGUCCAUUCUUUGGUGGUUGGGACUUUGGGCCUGUACAUUUUAUUUUUUGAUGAGUCUAAAGAUGAUCCACUUUGGGGUGAGUCAUCACUUGUGGAUGUGAACGUAUCUAUUGCUUCGGGCUACCUCUUUUCUGAUUUAGUGAUUCUGCUUUUGAAUUGGGAAGUGAUUGGUGACAUUGGUUUUGUGCUUCACCAUUGCACAUCACUGUAUGCAUUUGUCGUCUUACUGACUAAUGGAACGCUGAGAUACAUUGGGAAUUAUCGCCUGCUUGCAGAACUUUCCAGCCCUUUCGUGAAUCAGCGGUGGUUCUUUGAAGUUCUGAAGUACCCUAAGUUUUCCAAAGCUAACAUGAUCAAUGGAGUUCUCAUGAUGGUGGUGUUCUUCAUUGUGCGGGUUGCUGCCAUGCCGCCUUUUUAUUACUAUAUUUAUUCUGUGUAUGGAACCGAACCCUACCUGAAGCUUGGACGUGUAAUCCAAUACUCCUGGAUCUCUAGUUGUUCAGUUUUGGAUGUACUGAAUAUCAUGUGGAUGAUCAAAAUUUCAAAGGGGUGCAUCAAAGUCAUCACUCUCUACAGAAAGGAGAAUGCCAAAAACAGACUUCAGAAUGGAAAACUCAACUGACAUAGGUUAUUGAUGAGCAUAGCUGAUUACUACCUGUAUUAUAUCUGCUGAUGAGAUACAUUCUUGGCAUGUUCUUGUGCUUCUUCAUUAAUAACACUUGUUAUCCAGG